AUGGGUGAUACAAAUGGACAAAUAGUAGCUGGUGGUCAUGGUCAAGGUAACCGCUUAGAUCAAUUGGGUUUCCCGACGGAUGUGUUGAUCGAUAACGAGACGGAUAGUCUCAUUAUUUGUGAUAUGGGAAAGAUGCGAGUCGUACGAUGGUCUCGUAAUAGUGGCACAACUCAAGGAGAACUACUUAUCAAUUACAUCUAUUGCCAAGGUUUAUUUAUGGAUGAUCAGAGAUAUUUGUACAUCACUGACUUCGAUAAACAUGAAGUAAGACGGUAUAGAAUAGGUGACAAGGAUGGAACUGUUGUAGCUGGUGGCAACGGUCGUGGUGUUGGACUCAAUCAACUCAACUAUCCGAGCUAUGUUUUUGUCGAUCGACAAGAGACUGUCUACGUGUCAGACAGAGAUAACCACCGUGUAAUGAAAUGGAAUAAAGGUGCAAAAGAAGGAAUCGUCAUCGCUGGUGGUCAAGGCGCAGGAAAUGCUCUGACACAUUUAUAUUCUCCUGCAGGAUUGUUUGUCGAUACGUUGGGUACUCUCUAUGUGGCAGAUUCUAGGAAUCAGCGGGUGAUGCGUUGGCCUCAAGGAGCAAAACAGGGCACUGUCAUUGUGGGAGGAAAUGGCGAAGGAAACGGACCAAACCAGUUCAAAUACCUCGAGGGUUUAUCCUUCGAUCGCUCUGGCAAUCUCUAUGUCGUCGAUCGAGGUAACGGUCGUGUUCAACGUUUUUCUCGCGAAUAG